AUAUUAAUUCAAAUAAUUUAAUAUAUUACGGAAAUAUAUAUAUAUGAUAUAUAUUAAUAUUCGCGGACAAGAUGAUAUGUGCAAAUACUUUUCCUCUUAUCGAUCGUACAUCUUAUCGAUUGUAUCUUAAUCACCUUCCAAUGCCACGAUUCUCUAGUCAUACGAAAUUACUAUCGCGCCGUAGUGUACUUGUCUCUUUAGAUGAAGUGGUUCUAUUUAUUUUUAACGUUUUACUUUUACUUUUAGCUACUUUAUAUACGACGGCGACUGAACUUUUAUGGCUAGGGUAAUCCGUAGAACACUUGUACAUAAGAUCGCGAUAUUUUCACUAAUGCCGCGAUGAGGGACAAAGAGCAGUGUUUUGUCCUUUGGCGUACCGCAGGUUGUCAAGUACGAAGUAGACCUAAGACAAAUUUAGAUUUUACUCUCUACUCAUUCUUUGUUUAUGUACGAAUUUUUAGUAACUUAAUACAAAGUCGAUGAUUUUAUGAUGAAUUAACGUGUUACGCAAAUAAUAUUAAACGAGGAACGAUGCGUUUUGCUAAAUCUUAUAUCGAUGUGAUUCUCACGAAACGAGAAAUUAGUGCUGUAAGGGGCAUCUGUAAUUAUCAUUAUGAUGCAAAUAAAUACAUUUCAUAAUAAGCCGAUCGGCGUUGGAAACGAACUCACUGUUGACGUUUACAGCAAGCUUUUGUUUUGGUACAAUCGAUGAGCGCCUGAACGCGAAAAAACAAUACACUGUCGGCAAAUGUACGAAAACAUGAACGCUUAUCGAGAAAUAGAGAUUGUGUCGUCAACGGCCAAGUUGGUGGACGCUUCCAAAUACAACUUGCGAUGUAAUCGCAACAUCAGCGAAAAGAUGACGAAGAAGGAUUUCAUCUACGAUAUUCGUACACCUAUGCAAGUCAUGAGGAAGCUCGAGAUGCAAAAACAGCCGAUCAUAUUGCCGAUACAAUUGCGACGGAAACAAAGUAUCGACUCGAGAAUUCCGCAGUACACCGUUCUUUCCGAAAAGGUGGAACAUGAUGGCAGCGGCGACGCGGCUGUCAUUGUCGAGCGGCGCAUUUUAGGAUACAAAUGCAAUUUUUGUCACGAGCCAAUUGCCACUCUACUGUCUCUGUCAACUCAUGUUAAAUUUCACUGUCAGACGCAUUGUAAAAUAUGUUACUGGAUUCUGCGUGAAAACGAGACGAUGGAACAGCACGUCGCCGAUUGCCAUUGCAUUGAACCAGAAAUUGAAAUAUUGUAAUUUCUAAUAGGAUUUAAUUAUGUGCUAUUUCUAUAUUUUAAAAAAUAAUGAAACUUAUUACUUCUCAUCCAAAUGAAAUUUGUAGUUUGUGAAUUAGUUAUAAAAGUAUUCAAUGUCAAAA